AUGUUGGUUGCAUAUUGCGACCCUUUCUGUCGGUUCCAAGAUCGGACCCAUCAUGCACAAUAUUGCACGCUCCCGUUCUUAGAUUCGACAUGGGUCCCAUCCUGGUCAGUCGAAGGCCGACAGCCCACGUUCGGUCGGGAAGGCUACGUGGCACCCUUCGCGACACACAAAACCAUCUGGGGCGAUGUUCCGGCGUUGGAUAUCCUGAAGCUGGACCAGAACGAGGGUGUGCAAUACCAUAAAGACUUGGCUCUCUUGUUUGCUGCAUCUGGAGACCUUCGCAAUGUCAUCAAAACCGUUACCUCACUCCCCUGGACGUUCCGAAAUGAUCUCACCAUCACAAUCAACGACAAUGACCUUGAUGUCGUGGCAAGGAACAUCAUCCUGCUUCUUACUGCCCUCCUCAGUGCCAAACCUGAAGAUGCAGCCACCCGUAUGAUUCACAUCUGGUAUUCUGCCUCUAUCCGACAGAGUGAUCUCGAGUUUUUACACGGCGUGGUCCGCCCCAAUAUCGAGAGUGUUUGCAGCAACCUUGAAGGUGAGGAUUUGGAUCGCCUACACUCGGGAACCUUUUCAAGAGGGUCUUACUCCUGGGUCAAUGUCGUGCUGCCCAAGAAGUCGUGGCUUGCACUUCUAAAGUACCUUCAGGUGCCAGAGGGCCUGACUAUUGACCAAGCUCGACAAGUCCGAACUGCUGUUACCCUACCAGCCGGCCACCUUGACUUCAUAGAACACAAUUAUUUUCCCUUGUUGCCAGCACAACGCAUCUGCUGGCAUCGGUUCCGUUUAGAUGGUGUCCUGUUGCCAUUCGGGGCAUCCAGGAAGCCAUUUGACACACCAAAUCCAACAUUGUUCCACAGUGCCCACUGGCCGUACAGAGGUGAUUUGCAGCCUAUCCACGGAUGGGACUUUGGUGAAGUCAUCAAGGUGUCGACUGGAGCAGCUUCCAUGGACCACUAUGGGAAGCUCUUCUACUAUCUUCAAGAGGUUUUUGUUAAGUUUUCCAGAGAUCUGAGAUCGAGAAACCUAUAUUUUCGCCUCUACAACCAGGACAUUCAGCACUUGGCCGGAAAACUAGGAGCCCAGUCCUUUGCAAGGAUCGAGUUAUCCAACCUCUCAGAAGAACCCUACAUAGACCCUGGCCUUGCCUCGAGAUGUCUUGUCCCUCUGUUACAAGUUCGAACAAUGAAUCCUUACGCCACACUCAUCAUGCUGUUCACAAAAGCUGUCUGGGCCCAGAUAAAUACUUCCUACGAAAUUCCAGCCAUGGCCAAAUGCGCACCCACAAUGGCGACCUUGAUACCUCAAGUGGUGAUGCCACCGGAUAAGCAGGACCCGAUAGUGUCAAAGUUUCUUUUGGGGAUGGGACUCAUCAUUGACGUCGACAAUUUAUUCGACAAGUAUUUGGCUUCCAACCAGGCCCAUCGCAUGAAUUGCGGUAGCAUGGCUGUCAAGGAGAAUCACACGAUUGUAGAGAAGUGGCCCUUCCGGCCCAAGCUCACACCAGGGCAGUGUGGUACCCCUGGGGAGCUGGCGGUUAUGCUGAGCUCUGCAGCUCUAGAACUGGCAAGAUACGUGGAGUACAGGUCUCUCUUAUCCUGA